CGUCGUACAAGCUGUCGCGCGGUUUUGGUUUUACCGUUUCGAUAUCGAUUGGUCGAAAGGACGACAAACGUACGACAAACACUCGACAUGCCCGACAUUGUUUUUUCCAUCGAUUUCCCUUCAAUUCGACGUCACGAUUUUCGUCGACGCAAACAGUUUGACAGUUCUCUUCAGUUUGUCUUGUUUGGACUUGAAUGCAACCGAAUCGAACCAGUUAUUGUUGAUGUUGGGCUUCGGAAGGAUUUUGACCGAUAUUCAGAAUUCUGUCUUCGUGGCGGUGGAGGAGGAGGACGAGACGCAUGAAUCCGGCGGGCCAGGUCUUCGUGGCGGAAGACAGGACCGGGAGGAACCGAGCUUAUGGAGGAUAUGGUUCAUUCCAAAGGAGGAGGAGGAUGAAUCACCGAAUGUCAAAAGUUCUACCCAAGGUAACCAAACAUAUUCCAAUCUGAUCCUGCUAACAACCCAGCGUUUCCGUGUUGUUCCACGCAGCUUGUUGAACGGAAGCUGUAACGACCGCAAAAACACCUGCUCCAGAAGUUCGUAAACCGACGUUGUCCCGUACUCCGGUGGCCAUCAAUCCAUGGGACAUAAACGGUGGCGCCGCACCCCGCCGUAUCUGCGGCUAGUCGAGGAGCAAUAGUCCUUCUUGAUCAAGAUGCUGCCCCGCACGCUGGCGUCGGCUCGAAAAGAUGGCUGACAAAAUCCGGACCCGGAAGACAACGCCAAAAAAUUCCGGCCAAGAUGCCGAGCGACGAGGAGAACUGGAAGACCAACCGGAAGACGACACCAAGAUGUACGUGAAGAUCCGCGAUACAACAAGUAUAAUGAAAUAAUUGAUUUUUUACUGUGGGAAAAUGUGCAAAUUACAUGAAAAAAUAAAAUAAAUUAAAAAUAAACAA